AUGAUCCCUAAGAAACACACCAUUGGUCGACGCAUCGCAGUGCGCAGCUACCUGGACCGCAACCGCACCGAGCUUUCCGAUCGAACCUUUAUGCCGCAGAAGGCCUGGUUUGAGCCGUACCACCUUUCAAAGGACUUCGAGCGCAACCAUGAGCGCCUCAGCUACAACUUCUACAACCUAGAGACCAAAAUUAUCUGGAGAGCGUUUGACGCCCCCGAGCUGAUCGGCAUGCUUCUGCACGAUGAGAAUAUCAAGGGCAAUCGACAUAUUUACGACAAGGCAUUUCUAGACUCUGCCCUUCACUUCACACAAGAGGCCCGCUACUGGCGGUGUAUCGGGAUCACAAAGCCCUUUUAUGAUAAGAACACCCUUCGGGCGCACUGCUGGGACGAUGACGGCCUCCAGGUGGGCACUUUAGUCUUAUCACAGGCGAUGCGGCAUGCCCUCAUGGAUCUCGAGCGUGCGGUGCGGCGGAAAGAGCUUGGCCUUGAUCCAAACUAUCUGUGGGACCGAUGGGGCCCUAUCGGGUUCAUUGACGGCAUUCAAAACGAUUACCUGCCGCGCUUUGCGCACAAGCCCUAUAUUGACCCGGACGGCGUGGAUAUCACGGAGCUUGAUGUGAUGCCCUUUAACACCCACGAACAGAUUAAAGAGCGCUACGGUGAUUUCAUUUACCCCGACACUACGCCUUUUGAAGGUAUCUUUAUGGCGCCGAGUCAUGGCUCGCUCUUGCUGGACGAUGUCCCGAACAAGGAGGCCGCCGCAUUGUACAAGGAGAUGAAAGCGAGCCAGGGCAUACCGGUUGUCGCGGAUACGGCGAUGAUUUCUCCGACCGACCUCCGCAUCCUUUUCUUUUUGAGCGCCGAUCCUCAGUGGCUCAACGCCGCUAAGAGCAAGCUCUCGUGGGAUGAGGUAUGUGCACUACUGCAGCCGACUCUGGAGGAAUGUAAUGAGAAAAUCGAGGCCGCGCGGAUGCUGCAGAACCACCGCCACAACCCCGAGCGCGUUUGUGCCUUCUACGAGGAGAAGUGCGGCUUCCACGACUUCAUGUACACCCCGGAUAAGACCAUCACAGCCGCCGUGUUGUGCUACCUAAUGGAGCUACGCCGGCUAUGCUUGGAGGUGCCCUGGGGGGCCGACCUUGCUCGCUGCCUCACCAACUUUGAGCGAGUACAGGUCAUGGGUCGAGAUGCAUUCGUAGUGUAUCGUCUUAUUGAGGAUACAAUUCUAGAUAAGAAGCGUCGCCUAUGGGCCGCACGCUUCACGGGCAAGGCUCAUGAGGAAAGCACACUGGACUACCUACUUGAGAACUUCGGCCGCCGCCCAGAGAGGCAAAGGAACGUUGGCACGACAGGCGUUGAGUUCGACCGGGAGCAGGAACCUAUCGGAAGGCAAGUGCAGCGUCGUGUAAUUGAGGUGGACAAGGCGAACAAGUUGUCUGAAAUACGUCGCAAUCGUGGGAAGAUGUGGUCCAACAAAAAGAGUGUUUUUGAUUCCUUGCACAGAAAGCAGCUUCAAAACUUUAGCUAUGGUGUGCGAUGA